CUUCUCCUCGGCUUGCUGCAGAGCUGCAGGGGGCAGCCCAUGCUGGUGGUGACCCCGCAGGAGCCCGUGGUGCGGUUCGGGGGCUCGGUGCAGCUGAACUGUUCCCUGGCCUGCGAGGGGGGCACGGUGGAGUGGAAAGGUCUGGACACCAACCUGGGGAACGUCACCUCCUUCCUCACCCACAGCAUCCUGCACAUCGACAGCGCUGUGGUUGCCACCACGGGCACCAAGAUCUGCCAGGGGACCUGCCGGGGGCAGAGCUACCAGCACAGCGUCACCCUGCAGCUCUACGCCCUCCCAGACCAGCUGCAGCUGGAGGCAGAGCCCGGUGUCCCGGUGCCGGGGCAGCCCACCCGCCUGCAUUGCCGGGCCCGGGGGGUCUAUCCCCUGGGGGGGCUGCGGCUGAGCUGGCAGCGGGGGCACGGGGAGCCCGAGGAGGCAGCAGACUUCAAGGUGAUGGAGACCGAGGAGGAGCUGUUUGACAUCGAGUCCACGCUGCUGGUGGCCAGGGAGGAGGUGAGGGACGGGAUGGAGUUCAGGUGCGAGAUGACCCUGAGCACCAGGAAGGAGACCUUCACCCGGGUGGCAUCUGUGGCCGUGAGUGCUGGGGCUAUGAUGGAGCAGCCAGGGGCCACAGCCACCUGGACAACGAGACCUUUGUCAGGGACCCUCAGCACAGCGGUGUCCCCAGAGCCACAUGUCCCCACAGACAGUCCCACCACAGCUCUGACCCCCACCCUGCCAGACCCGGGCACUGAGACCCCCCUGAAGCAAGCUGCCUCCACCAAGGGCCCCUCCACAGCACACCCAACCCUCGGGGACCUUAUUUCACAGCCAGCCACCCCCACGCUCCCUGGCUCCACAGGUCCCUCAGCCAGGCUGCAGGGGACAGCUGGGGACAGCCACCCCUGGGAAUCAUUCCUAGCCGAGAAGGGGACGGUGCCACCAGAAGGGACGGUGCCCACCUGCAGCCUGCAGAUCCGCUCACUGCCCCCCACGGGGACACGGGGCAGGGCUCUGAGCAUCGAGUGCCACGCGCGGUGCACCGGGAACAGCAGCGUGGGGGUGGGCUGGCUGCGGACACCCGUGGCUCUCUCGCAGUACCGGGAGGAGGUGGCAGGGAGCAGCUCCACGCUGCAGCUGGACCGGGCCGAGCCCUGGCACCAGGGACAUUACCAGUGUGUCCUGCAGGGCCACCGCUCCCAGGCGGCCAGUCUGCAGGUGACAGUCUCGGAUGAUCCCUCCAGCGCAGCUCCUGCCAUCGCUGUGGGGACAACACUCUCACUCGUGGGCCUGAUGGUGACCGGCGCCAUCUCCCAUCGCCUGUGGAAACGGUUCCGGUUUCGGUACGAGCUGUCCUAGCAGUGUCCCAGCCCUCCGGACCCGUCCCUGUCCUUUCUGCCACGGGUGUCACCCACCCUCGGGGCUGACGAGCACCCCGAUGGGGCCGUGGGGAGCUCCGGGCGCACCCACGUGGAUGCGCGGUCUCGUCACGACAGAGGGGGCGUGAGCAGCCCCCCCCCCCAUCCCCACUGAGCUGUGCACACCGGGAGUGGGCGGAGGAGAGCGGGGCCGCGGCGUGCGUGUCGGGGCUCUUCAAUAAAGGGUUGUUUCUG